AUGAAUUCUUUGCUCCGAAGUCAUUUGGACACUUGCAAUGCAGAAAGAUACAAGCAGGGUGAAAACAUUUGUGUUGCCUGCAUGGGACCACCAGAAAAUUCUGAUGAACAUCCAUUGUUUGAUGCAGUGAUUUGUACUGAAUGUAAGGAAAGGGCCAAGAAAUAUAUGUUCACUACAAAGGAGAAUAAACUGGUUGCAUGUGCCAUCUGUUUCUGGAAGAGUGAUGUUAACUGUACAAGUAAUUCCUGUCUCUGGACCUUUUGUACAGCGUGCUGUUCCGCAUUCACUAUAAGCAGAGCCAACAGAAGUUGCAUACGUUGUCUUGAUGAAGGCAGUAACCUUAUACUGGGAGCAAGUGAAAAUAGAUUAAACAAGGUUUUGCAUAUGUUUUCUCCAUCUGUGAUAGACACAUUGUGUAUACCAACUCAGACAAUAGACUGCAAGAAACAGCUUAGAGUUCUGUCACUCUUUGAUGGCAUUGGCACAGGUUUAUUUGUACUAAAGGAGGAAUUAUUGCUCCCAGUAACAAAAUAUUUUGCAAGUGAAAUAAAUCAUCAUGCCAAGAAGAUAACUGACAAAAAUUUCCCUGGCCAAAUUACACAUCUGGGUGAUGUCAGACACAUAACUGAAGACUGCAUAAGCAAAAUUUUGGAAGAUGGUCCUAUUGAUCUUCUGAUUGGAGGAUCGCCAUGCAAUGAUUUGAGUUUAGUAAAUCAUUUACGAAAAGGACUGUAUGAUUUGCAUGGCUCUGGACCCUUGUUUUUUCACUUCCAGAAUAUACUGCUAAAGAUACGCCUUCUGCAACGCGAUCAUAUGUUGUUCUACUUCUAUGAAAAUGUUGCAAAUCUUACAAAAGAGACCAAGAAUACAAUUAGUGUAUUUUUGGGACAUAACCCAACUAUCAUGGAUGCCACACAUUUCUCCGCACAAGAUCGCCGACGUAAUUUCUGGGGUAAUAUUCCUGGAAUGCAUACAACAAUACAAUUAAAAGAAGAUCAUAAACUUCAGGAUUAUAUCUGUGGAAAUCCAUAUGCAAGUAUGCAAAAAUUAAAGACACUGACGAAAUCAUCUGAAAUUACUGUGGAUGAUCUCGUUUGUCUAGGGGUUUUGUCUGCAAAACAUUACUCUAACAAGCAUGGCCUGGGUUUUCUUCUUGUUUGA